AUUGGCCCACUUAUCGCUCUGCUCAUCAUCGCAAUUCUGAUUGGAAUGCUAGUUUGCUGGUGGUUGCGAUGCAACAAGAAGUCAGCUGGUAGGGCUCAUCGUCAUGGCUCAAUCACGAAAGUAGCCCUCACUGGUAAUAUUAUGAACGGUAUCCCGGGUGAGACGAGUAAGCUACUAUCUACGGACACCUAUGGACGUACUGUGAUGAAUCCCUACGAACAGAUGAACGGUCAAGGAAAUGGGCAUAUGGAAUCGUCUAUGGAUCUAUAUCCGUUGCCUCGAAGUCAAUCACGUUCAGCUGGCGGAAAUUAUGCUCCAGUCCCAGUGCCUUUGCCUUGUUUGCCAUCCAGUGGUGGAAUGCUCGGUACACACCUCGUCACUCACCCAGCUGUUCCAAUUUCCGAAUUGGCUCAACACAUUGAACGGCUCCGUCUCAAUAACAACGCUGGCUUUCAACAGGAGUUUGAGUCUAUCGAAACUGGGCAGCAAUUCACAUGGGAAAAUAGUAAUGCCGAUAUGAAUAAGCAUAAGAAUCGCUACGCUAACGUGGUCGCUUAUGAUCAUUCUCGGGUGGUGCUGUCCUCAAUUGAUGGAAUCCCCGGUACCGACUACAUCAAUGCCAACUACAUCGAUGGAUACGAUAAGCCCAAGGCUUACAUCGCUACGCAAGGACCUUUACCGGAAACGUUUGGAGAUUUUUGGCGGAUGGUAUGGGAAGAGGGAUCGUCAACGAUUGUAAUGCUGACAAAUUUGGAGGAACGGUCUAGGGUGAAAUGCGAUCAGUACUGGCCAACCCGUGGCAGCUCGACGUACGGGGAGAUUCAGGUGACGCUCAUAGAAACGACUGUACUGGCUCAUUACACUAUGCGGACAUUCCGGAUACAGGUAGUUGGAGAGAUGGAAAUGCGUGAGAUACGGCAUCUACAGUACACUGCUUGGCCUGACCACGGCGUCCCCGAUCAUCCAACUCCGUUCCUGAUUUUCUUGAAACGAGUGAAGACCCUGAACCCUCCGGAUGCUGGACCAAUCAUCUCGCAUUGCAGUGCCGGAAUUGGUAGAACGGGAGCGUUUAUCGUUGUGGACUGUAUGCUCGAGCGACUACGGUAUGAGAACACCGUCGACAUAUUCGGUUGCGUGACGUCCCUCCGAAGCCAGCGGUCGUACAUGGUGCAGACUGAAGACCAGUAUAUCUUUAUUCACGACGCUGUACUCGAUGCGGUAAACAGUGGUUCGACGGAGGUACCAGCUGUGAAAUUAAGGCAGCAUGUAAUGGCAUUGCAACAGAUGGCCCCUAUGGAAGGAGCGGCAGGCAUGGAACUCGAAUUUAGGCACCUAUCAACGCUGAAGUGGUCGAAUUCGCGAUGCACGAUUGCGAAUAUGUCGGCUAAUCGACAUAAGAACCGACAAAAUGCCGCAAUUCCGUAUGAUAGUAAUCGAGUCAUCAUGCAAGUCAUUCCUGGAGUGGAUGGGAGUGACUACAUCAAUGCCAGCUGGGUGGACGGUUACCGGGAACGAUGUGCUUACAUUGCAACGCAAGGCCCUACGGAACAAACGAUCGCUGAUUUUUGGCGGAUGGUGUGGGAGCAUGACUGUGCCAUAAUUGUCAUGCUCACAAAAACGUGGGAAAUGGGCAGGAAUCGAUGCUGUGAAUACUGGCCACAAGAGACAGGAGCACAAGUCGGACAGUUGGUUGUUGAGCCGAUCGCCGAAUACAAUAUGCGGGAGUAUAUUCUGCGUGAAUUCCGACUUAGUGAUGUUCAGUCCGGCAUCUCUCGUAUCGUGCGGCACUUCCAAUACACUGAAUGGCCAGAGCAAGGUGCACCGAAAUCGGGUGAAAGCUUCCUCGAUUUGAUCCAACAGGUGCAUCGGACUAAAACUCAGUUCGGAGUAGAUGGACCGAUUGUGAUCCAUUGCUCUUCGGGAGCAGGUCGUACGGGUGUAUUCAUUGCGCUAUCGAUCAUCAUCGACCGGAUGCGAUUGGAGCACGUCGUCGACGUAUUCACAACGGUGAAACUGCUACGAACUGAGCGCCAGAAUAUGGUACAGGACACCGAGCAGUACCAUUUCCUCUAUCUUGCCGCCUUGGAAUUCCUGUCAGCCUACGAGCAGUUUCCAGCAGUAUAG